AUGGAGAAAACCAAUAAGAAGAGGAAGACCAUUGUCCCACCACCCGAGGAAGGAAAGAAGACCGUUGUCCCACCACCCGAGGAAGGAAAGAGGAAACGGGGUGUGAAUUUUUCCCCAAAUGAAAUUAUAAAGUUAGUUGAUCUCGUGGAAUCGAAGUGGUCCGUGAUCAGCAGCAAGUUUUCGGAUGUCAUUACGCUGAAGCGGAAGUCCGACACGUGGAAAGAAAUAACCCUUAAGAUCAACAGUGUGGCAAGCGUCCGGAGAACGACCGAAGCAGUUCACCAUAAAUGGCAUGACCUGAAAUCGAAGGCAAAACAGAAGGCUGCAAAAAUCAAUGUACUGACCAAGCGGACCGGGAACAAACCCCUUGGCGAUGAUGUGUCCGAGUUGACGCAACUCGAGCAAAGGAUCGUAGGCCUAAUCGGUGUCGAAAUGAUACAAGGAAUCGCUACUGGUAUGGACACAGAAGAGCUGGACCUACCUGAAGAUGACAUGAACCAGCAAUACCCGUUUUCCCCGUCUGUCACAGAAGCCGAUGAUGACGAAAUUUCUUAUUUCGAUCAGAAUGCGUCACUCUCACUUCAAAAAUCGAAGAGAAUUCGUAACGUUACAGCAACCGUCACGCGCCCGAACGAUAGCAGCUCAGAAGAUGACACCCGAUCCCCUUCACCGCCGCCAAGUCCUGUCCGACAACCCAAGAGCUGUCGUCCCACUGCUGGCUCUUCCAAGGCGUCUUCAACUGGUUUGUCUGUCGCAGCAAAGAAGUCAUUGCAUACAUUCCAUACCGUUGAAUUGCGGAAAUCACCCGAGGUAAAUAGAGAAUUCGUAAGGUUACAGCAACCAUCACGCGCCCGAACGAUAGCAGCUCAGAAGAUGACACCCGAUCCCCUUCAACGCCGCCAAGUCCUGCCCGACAACCCAAGAGCUGUCGUCCCACUGCUGGCUCUUCCAAGGCGUCUUCAACUGGUUUGUCUCUCGCAGAUAAGAAGCUUUCACAUGCCGUUGAACUAA